AUGUCCAUCGUCCCCUACGAAGCAGCCGAAACCAUCCGCCGCAAAAAGGCCCAAUACUGCCGCCUCGCCGACACGAACCAGUGGCACCUCUUCCCGCAGAUCGCCCUGCCCACCGCGACCUUCAAGUUCGUCGAGGUCUACAACGACGGCGCGCCCGAGCGGGUCGUGCACCAGAACGGCGUCGACUUCGACUGGCCCUCGCUCGAGGGCUUUUUAGGGUACUUCUCCGCGACCAACAAGCACGUCGACGCCGUGCACAUGGUCAACGCCGGCGAGCUCGAGAUGGCGAGGGGGGACGGGGCCAGCGACGGGGACGAGGUGAAGGCGGUGUUUACGGUGGUGUAUCACGCGGGCGCGCCGGGGAGGGCGGACGGGAUGCAUGGGACGGGCGCGGGGCAUUAUCAUGAGACGUGGAGACGGGUUGACGGGGACUGGUUUUUGGAGAGGUUGUGGAUGAGGCAGUUUUAUUGGAAGGUUCAGGGUGUUUGA